CUUUGCUUCCUCUCUGGCUCUCUCUCACAUGCCUGCCUACUACUCCCUCAAGCAAGCAAGCAAGCAAGCUGCAAGAGGUCAGGAGGAGCCGUGACUGUGAGUGAGCGGCGUCUGGUGUGAACUGUGAAGUGAGGACUUGUUGGAGGAGGACGGAGCGCGGAGGGUCAUGGCAUGGUGAUGGACCUGCUGCUCCCCCUCACUUUGCCCCUAGGUACCGUACAGGCGUGCGCGCGGGCAUCAGUCACCACCCCUUCCUAACUCCCACCAAAUCUCUCUCCCCUGCUUUCCGCUUUCUCCCACUGUCUCUCUCUCUCUUGAUUUUUUUAUCUGUCUUCUAGCUCCAGAUUUCAAAAAAUUAUUAUCUCUUGUGAGCAACUUAUAGCUGACUACUAGCUGAGACUAAGGCCCUGUUCCAAUCUCGUGAGAUAAACUUUAGCAGCUUUUUUUUAGCUACUUUUAGCCAUUUGUAGUCUAAACAGGAGAGCUAAUGGUGGCAAUUGAAACUAAACUUUAGCACUUCAACUCAUAUAGCUAAAGUUUAGCAGGAAGCUAAAGUUUAUCCCGUGAGAUUGAAACGGGACCUAAAAGGGUGCGGUUUCUGGCUUAACUUCCAUGUUACCGCUAGUGCUCUAGGCAGCCUUAGCUAGCCUCGCAGUCCUGGGAGGAGGAGAAGGACAAGGUCUCUGAUCAGCUCCAGCUUGUCUGGUCAAAGCUGAGGAGCCUGCUUGGGCUGCCUGUGAGUCCAAGCUCGACAGGACCACUGCCACUGUGAAGCACAGCGGCAGCGGCGACGAGACGAGGACGCGGAAGCUGCCAAGCGGAUAGAUCUACGCAAAAUGGAGACCAAGGACGUGUCGCCGCUUGCCGCCGCCGCCGCGGCGCCCGUGCUUGCACCGGCCUCUCAGCAGCAGCAGCAGCAGCCGCCCCAGCCGCAGCAGCACCACCACCAGCCACCGCAGCCGCAGCAUCAGCACCAGCACCAGCCGCCGCCGCCGCCGUUCCCGCAGCAGGCGGCCCCGGCGGCGGCCUCGUCGCCCGCCGCGUCCAUGCCCGGCGGCAUGCGCCUCUCGUUCGACCAUAUGCCCGGGAAGGCGCCCGGGGAGCAGCACCACCACCACCACCACGCGGCGCCGCCCAUGCUGUACGCGGCGCCACCGCAGGGCGCGGGUGCGCCGGGGGGCAGUGUGCUCGGCAUGGGCGAACUGAUGCGCAAGAAGCGCGGGCGGCCGCGCAAGUACGCGCCCGACGGGAGCAUGGCUCUGGCGCUGGCCCCCAUCUCUUCCGCCUCGGCCGGCGGCGGCGGCGGCGCCGCAGCCCCCGGGCAGCAGCAGCAGCACGGCGGGUUCUCCAUCGGUAGCCCCCCGUCCGACCCCAGCGCCAAGCGCCGCGGCCGGCCCCCCGGCUCCGGCAAGAAGAAGCAGUUCGAGGCCCUGGGUUCUUGGGGCAUCGCUUUCACCCCUCACAUCCUCGCCGUCAAGGCAGGCGAGGAUGUUGCUUCAAAAAUAAUGACAUUCUCACAGCAAGGCCCUCGCACAGUCUGCAUCCUCUCGGCGAAUGGCGCGAUUAGCAACGUUACGCUUCGGCAGCCAGCCACAUCUGGUGGACUAGUUACUUAUGAGGGGCGUUUCGAGAUAAUCUCGCUGUCCGGUUCUUUCCUGCUCGCGGAGGAUGGUGACACUCGCAGCAGGACUGGUGGCUUGAGCGUCGCGCUCGCGGGAUCUGACGGCCGAGUUCUUGGAGGGUGUGUCGCUGGAAUGCUUAUGGCUGCAACUCCUGUCCAGGUCGUGGUGGCUAGUUUUAUCGCAGAGGGGAAGAAAUCUAAGCCAGCCGAAGCGCGGAAGGUCGAACCGAUGGCUGCUCCCCCGCCGCCGCCGCCACAGAUGGCUGCCUUCGUGCCGGCUCCGGUGGCCACCAGCCCUCCGUCGGAGGGGACGUCCAGCGCGUCGUCUGAUGACUCCGGCAGCCCGAUCAACCACGGUGCGAUGCCGUUCAGCCACUCCAGUCAGCACCAGCACCCUCACCAGCACCAGCAGCACAUGCCGCCUGCCUACGCGUCCGGGGGCUGGUCCCUCUCGGUGCACCAGCAGAACAGGCAUGAUUCUGACAUGAAGAUGAUGUCGAACUAACAGGCGCCCCAUUCGUUGGUGUUUGGGCUGGAGAGGAAGGAAAGGAACCUGCUGAUGGUUAGGUUGGUACUGCUGCUAUGAAACGGUCCUCUUGCGCGUCGUCUGUGCUCUGGUCAGUGACGACGUGUCGAUCUGCUACUUAAGCUAAGCUAGCUAGGAGAGUUAGGGUUCAUGGUCUCACCCCCCGCUGUUGUGCCCCUGAGUAAGAUUAAUUUAAUUUGAAUUAGUCGCUCUCAUAAUGCUGCGAGUUGUGAUGGUUUCCUGAUCAGAUCUUCACCUUCUAGGCUAGUUAAAAUAUCAUUUCUCUAGUACUAUGGAUCAUGGAUUUACUUGGAUACUUGGGUUUAAUUCAGGAAUUUGAUCG